UACCUUGUAACUGAUCCACCAAACAUGAGAUCAAAGUGUGUCUUACCAAUGUCAAUGAUCAACUUGAAUGAUGAUGAGCCAUACUGGAAGGACCAGAUUGAGAAAUAUUUCUCAAGACCAAGGGGUGACCCUUUUGACUCCACAAGUUACAAAGAAUAUUUUGAGAAAUACAAGAGGCACCUACAAAUGGGACAUGGUGAAUUGUACUUUUACCAAAAGCUAUUGAUGAACAUACCUGCAAGGAGUGAAGAAGAAUUGAAAGGCAAACAUAGUAUUCAUAACAAUACUGAACCAUUUGGUGGAAUAAACGUCAUUGUCAUUGGAGACCUUGCUCAGUUCAUGGAAAUCCUGUUUAUCUAUCACCAGUUUGGAAGGAUUGGUAAUAUUGAUGAACCUGUCUGGCGACAACUGCAGGGAAAAUUUAAAGAGGAUGCUUUGAAUGAUUCUGUUGAUAAUCUGCUGUGUACUGCACACAUUGUUGGGUUUAAAGAAUGUGCUGCACAAGUGAAUUGCACUAUAUGCAAUUUCUCACCUGUGGUAGAAAAUAAGUUUAUGAUUUCAGAUGCUGUGGAUAUUUUUAUGAGAAAUGCUCUUGUGGAUUUGUGGAAUACCACGAAUGAAUAUUUCAAGGUGUUUGAACUGUUAGGAAACUUAGCAUCCAAAAAAGGUUCAAACCAAAAUUAUGAAGAUAAUAAAAAGAGCAGUGAUUACUAUACUGAUGAAGAGUCAUCAGAUCUUGAGUUUGAAAGGACUAAGGAGAAAAUAAAGGCGAUUUUGUGUGAAUAUCUGGAAAUGUACAGAAUUCCUCUGUUCAUUUCAAAUAAUAUUGACCAAUUAGGAUUGAAACCCGAAGAUUUAAUCUUGAAUGGGAUUAUUAACAAAAUAGAACUUGAAAGAAAGUUCCCAAUCUUCUACAACAAUUUAAUCAAAGUUGGACUGGUUGAGAAAACCAAAAUAAAAUAUGUUGAAAUGUCAGAGGAUACUUUUGAAGUUUCACUUUCUGUUGGACUUGAACAAAGCUUUUAUCAUGAACUGUUGGGUAUGAUGCUCAAAAUAACAUAUAUGCAUGAUCUUGUUGAUGGAUUGGUAAAUUUCACUUUGUUUGAAUUGGGAUUAGAGGGUAGAUUUGAUGGUUCUAAAAGCCAAGCAACACAAUGUAGAAAGGGUAAAGACGAUGAUAAUACACCUUCUAAUUUACAUAAUACUUCAACACCUUAG